AAGGUCAGGAUUUAUGAACUUGCUUGCACGCAGAAGCAUAUAUAGUAAACAAGGAAAAUGUCCUCACCUAUCCAUCAUGUCAAGCUCCACCAUCCCUCAUGUUUAAUUAGGAAACAAACUUCAGCAAUCAGUAGACCAUGGUCAGUGGCAUCCCUCUGUAAGGACAGGGCAGAGAAGAGUAACGUUCCCAAUGGCUUCUGAUGGGCUCCCAGAGGCAGUAGCACCCAAGACGAAGAAGAGCAACAUCAAGUAUGCCUCCACCUGCGCCGUCGUCGCCUCCAUGGCCUCCAUCGUCCUCGGCUACGACAUCGGUGUGAUGAGCGGGGCGUCGCUGUACAUGCAGAAAGACCUCGAGAUCACGGACGUGCAGGUGGAGAUCCUGAUGGGCAUCCUGAGCAUCUACUCCAUCGUCGGCUCCUUCGCCGCCGGCAGGACGUCCAACUGGAUCGGCCGCCGCUUCACGGUGAUCUUUGUCGCCGCUUUCUUCUUUGCUGGUGCCUUGCUCAUGGGCUUCGCGAGCGGCUACACCAUGCUCAUGCUUGGUCGCUUCGUGGCUGGCAUCGGCGUGGGCUACGCCAUCGUGAUCGCGCCCCUGUACACGGCUGAGAUCGCCCCGGCAUCGGCGCGCGGCUUCCUCGUGUCCUUCGCGGAGGUCUUCAUCAACCUUGGUAUCCUCUUCGGCUACGUCUCUAACUACGCCUUCGCUCGCCUGCCGCUCCACCUCGGCUGGCGCUUGAUGCUCGGCAUCGGCGCGGUGCCGUCCGUCCUGCUCGCCCUCUUGGUAUCCGGCAUGCCGGAGUCUCCCCGGUGGCUCGUCAUGAAAGGCCGCCUCGUGGACACGAGGGUCGUGCUGGAGAAGAUCACCGACACGCCGGAGGAGGCCGAGGAGCGCCUCGCUGACAUCAAGACCGCUGCCGGCAUCCCAGAGGACCUCGAUGGCGACGUGGUCGUCGUGCCCAGGAAGAGAGGCGGCGAGGAGAAGCAGGUGUGGAGAGAGCUCAUCCUGUCGCCGACCCCUUCCAUGCGGCGAAUACUGCUCGCGGCGCUCGGCGUCUUCUUGUUCCAGCAGUUGACGAGCUCCGACUCCGUGGUGCUCUACAGCCCGCGCGUGUUCGAGAGCGCCGGCAUCACCGGCGACGACCAACUCCUGGCCGCCACCUGCGCCAUGGGCGUCGCCAAGACGCUCGUCAUCCUGGUCGCCAUGUUCCUCCUCGACCGCGUAGGCCGGCGGACGCUGCUGUUAUGCAGCACUGGCGGCAUGAUCGUCUCGCUCGUCGCCCUCGCGACGGGCCUCACCGUCGUGGACCAGAACCCGGACGCGAGGGUCCCGUGGGCGGUCAGCCUGUGCGUGGCGUCCGUCCUGGCCUACGUGUCAUUCUUCUCCGUCGGCCUCGGGCCCGUGACGGGCGUGUACACCACGGAGAUAUUGCCGUUGCGGGUGCGCGCGCUGGGCUUCGCGGUCGGGGCGGCCGGCAACCGCGUGGCGAGCGGCGUCAUGUCCAUGACCUUCCUCUCGCUGUCCGGCGCCAUCACGCUCGGCGGAACCUUCUUCCUCUACGCCGGCGUCGCCGUGCUCGCGUGGGUGUUCUUCUUCACGUGUCUCCCGGAGACAUGCGGCCGGACGCUGGAGGAGAUGGGCAGUCUGUUCGGCAUGACCGACACGGGGCCGGAGGCAGAAGAUGCUGCCCCCAGGACACAGGACGCGAGCUGCAGGGCGAGACUCUUGAUUAAUCACAUGAAUAUUUGGGGCUCAGUACAUAGAAAGGUGUGUGUAGGACACAUCUAAAUGUUAUGUCACGUCUAAUCUGAUGUUCAUUAUGUUUGUGGUUUACUUUAUUUUGUUUGUUGUUGUUAAGUUUAUUUGUGAGAGUUUAGAUGCGACAUCCUUAAAAAACAUUUAGA